CAGAGUGAAAGAUGGGAGAUGCUCAGAUGGCGGAGUUUGGACCUGCUGCUCCGUUCCUCAGGAAGUCGGACAUCGAGCGUCUGGAGGCCCAAACUCGCCCCUUUGACAUGAAGAAAGAAUGUUUCGUUCCUGAUGCUGCAGAGGAGUAUCUUAAAGCAUCUAUUGUCAGUCGAGAUGGUGAUAAAAUCACCUGUGAGACUUCGAAGGGAGCGACAGUAACUGUGAAGGAGGCCGAUGUUCACCCUCAGAACCCGCCAAAGUUUGAUAAAAUUGAGGACAUGGCGAUGUUCACCUUCCUGCACGAGCCCGCUGUGCUGUUUAACCUCAAAGAGCGUUACGCAGCCUGGAUGAUCUACACCUACUCUGGGCUCUUCUGUGUCACUGUCAACCCCUACAAGUGGCUGCCGGUGUACAACCAGGAAGUCGUCAUUGCUUACAGAGGAAAGAAGAGGAGUGAAGCUCCUCCACACAUCUUCUCCAUCUCUGACAACGCCUACCAAUACAUGCUGUCAGACAGAGAAAACCAGUCCAUUCUUAUCACUGGAGAAUCCGGUGCUGGAAAGACUGUGAACACCAAGAGAGUCAUUCAGUACUUCGCCAGCAUUGCUGCUGGUAGUGGCAAAAAGGAGACAAGUGAUAAGAAGGGUACUCUGGAGGAUCAAAUCAUCCAGUGUAAUCCUGCUCUUGAGGCUUUUGGAAAUGCCAAGACCAUCAGAAAUGACAACUCAUCUCGCUUUGGCAAGUUCAUUCGCAUUCACUUUGCUGCCAGUGGAAAGCUUGCUUCUGCUGAUAUUGAGACUUAUCUGUUAGAGAAAUCCCGUGUGACUUUCCAGCUCAAGGCUGAGAGAGACUACCACAUCUUCUACCAGAUCCUGUCUCAGAAGAAACCAGAACUUCUGGAGAUGCUGCUGAUCACAGCAAACCCUUACGAUUACGCCUUCAUUUCUCAAGGAGAGACGCAAGUGGCCUCUAUUGAUGAUGCUGACGAGUUGAUGGCUACAGACGAAGCAUUUGAUGUGUUGGGCUUCACCCAAGAGGAGAAGAACAGCAUCUACAAGCUGAUUGGUGCCGUCAUGCACUACGGCAACAUGAAGUUCAAGCAGAAGCAACGAGAGGAACAGGCAGAGGCUGAUGGGACUGAGGAUGCUGACAAAGUCGCAUAUCUGAUGGGCCUGAACUCUGCUGAUCUCAUCAAGGCUCUGUGCCACCCAAGAGUCAAAGUAGGAAAUGAGUGGGUCACCAAGGGACAGAAUGUCCAGCAGGUGUACUAUGCUAUUGGAGCUCUUUCCAAAUCUGUGUACGAGAAGAUGUUCCUCUGGAUGGUUGUUAGAAUCAACCAAUCCCUGGACACCAAACAGCCUCGUCAGUACUUCAUUGGGGUGCUGGACAUUGCUGGAUUUGAGAUCUUUGAUUUUAACACCUUUGAGCAGCUGUGCAUCAACUUCACUAAUGAGAAGUUGCAGCAGUUCUUCAACCAUCACAUGUUUGUGCUGGAGCAAGAGGAAUACAAGAAGGAGGGCAUUGAGUGGGAGUUCAUUGACUUUGGCAUGGAUUUGCAGGCUUGUAUUGAUCUCAUUGAAAAGCCUAUGGGCAUCAUGUCCAUCCUUGAAGAGGAGUGCAUGUUCCCCAAAGCCAGUGAUGCAACAUUCAAAGCUAAGCUUUAUGACAACCACUUGGGGAAAUCAAACAACUUCCAAAAGCCCAGGAUUGUCAAGGGUAAACCAGAGGCCCAUUUCUCCCUGGUUCACUACGCUGGCACUGUUGACUACAACAUCAAUAACUGGCUGGUGAAGAACAAGGACCCUCUCAAUGAGACUGUUGUUGGCCUCUAUCAGAAAUCCACCAUGAAACUGCUGUCUCACCUGUUUGCUGGAUAUUCUGGUGCUGACUCAGCCGCGGAGGGAGGAGGUGGUGGCGGCAAAGGAAAGGAGAAGAAGAAAAAGGGCUCUUCUUUCCAGACAGUGUCUGCCCUUCACAGGGAGAACCUUAACAAGCUGAUGACCAACUUGAGGUCAACUCACCCUCACUUUGUGCGCUGCAUCAUCCCCAAUGAGACUAAGACUCCUGGGGCGAUGGAGAAUCCUCUGGUCAUGCACCAGCUGCGCUGUAACGGUGUGCUGGAGGGCAUCAGAAUCUGCAGAAAGGGCUUCCCCAACAGAAUCCUGUAUGGAGAUUUCAAGCAGAGAUACCGCAUCCUAAAUCCUGCUGCUAUCCCUGAGGGACAAUUUAUUGACAGCAGGAAAGGAGCAGAAAAACUACUGGGAUCUCUGGACAUUGAUCACAACCAGUACAAGUUUGGCCAUACUAAGGUGUUCUUCAAGGCUGGUCUGCUGGGUACCCUUGAAGAAAUGAGAGAUGACCGUCUUGCUCUCAUCAUUACUGGGAUUCAAGCAAGAGCUCGCGGUAUUCUCUCAAGAAUUGAGUUCCAGAAGAUUGUUGAGCGCAGAGAUGCCUUGCUUGUUAUUCAGUGGAACGUACGUGCCUUCAUGGGUGUCAAGAAUUGGCCCUGGAUGAAGCUCUACUUCAAGAUCAAACCUCUGCUGAGAUCUGCUGAAGCGGAGAAAGAAAUGGCCAACAUGAAGGAAGAAUUCCUGAAGUUGAAGGAGGCUUACGCCAAAUCUGAAGCCCGUAGAAAGGAGCUUGAAGAAAAGAUGGUUUCCCUUCUCCAAGAGAAAAACGACCUACAACUACAAGUCCAAGCUGAGCAAGAUAAUCUUUGUGAUGCUGAGGAGAGAUGUGAGGGUCUGAUCAAGAACAAGAUCCAGCUUGAGGCCAAAGCCAAAGAGCUGACCGAGAGGCUGGAGGAUGAAGAGGAAAUGAAUGCUGAGCUGACUGCCAAGAAACGAAAGCUGGAGGAUGAAUGUUCUGAGCUCAAGAAGGACAUUGAUGAUCUUGAGCUCACUCUGGCCAAAGUAGAGAAAGAGAAGCAUGCCACUGAGAACAAGGUUAAAAACCUGACAGAAGAGAUGGCAGCUUUGGAUGAAAUCAUUGCUAAGCUGACCAAGGAGAAGAAAGCUCUGCAGGAGGCCCAUCAGCAAACACUGGAUGACCUCCAGAGUGAGGAAGACAAAGUCAACACACUCACCAAAGCCAAAGCCAAGCUGGAGCAACAAGUGGACGAUCUUGAGGGUUCGCUGGAACAGGAAAAGAAACUUCGUAUGGAUCUGGAGAGGGCAAAGAGGAAGCUUGAGGGAGACUUAAAGUUGACCCAAGAGAGUUUGAUGGACCUGGAAAAUGACAAACAACAACUGGAAGAGAGGCUUAAAAAGAAAGAUUUUGAGAUCAGCCAGCUCAGUAGCAAGAUUGAAGAUGAGCAGGCAAUGGCCGCCCAACUCCAGAAGAAACUGAAGGAGUUGCAGGCUCGUAUUGAAGAGCUUGAGGAAGAGCUGGAGGCUGAGAGAGCUGCUCGUGCCAAAGUUGAGAAACAGAGAGCUGAUCUGUCCAGAGAACUGGAGGAGAUCAGUGAGAGAUUGGAGGAGGCCGGUGGAGCCACUGCUGCUCAGAUUGAGAUGAACAAGAAACGUGAAGCUGAGUUCCAGAAGCUGCGCAGAGACCUUGAAGAGUCCACUCUGCAACAUGAGGCCACCGCUGCUACACUGAGGAAGAAACAUGCCGACAGUGUAGCUGAUCUGGGAGAGCAGAUUGACAACCUUCAGAGAGUGAAGCAGAAGCUGGAGAAAGAGAAGAGUGAACUCAGACUGGAACUGGACGAUGUGGUCUCCAACAUGGAGCAGCUUGUAAAGGCCAAGGCAAACCUGGAGAAAAUGUGCAGGACCCUUGAAGACCAGAUGUCAGAAUACAGAACAAAAUAUGAAGAAGGACAACGCAGCAUCAAUGACUUUACCAUGCAAAAAGCUAAGCUACAAACUGAGAAUGGGGAGCUUUCUAGACAGCUGGAAGAGAAGGAUUCCUUGGUCUCUCAGCUAACAAGAGGCAAGCAGUCCUACACCCAGCAGAUUGAGGACCUCAAGAGACAACUAGAGGAGGAAAUUAAGGCUAAGAAUGCCCUGGCCCAUGCAGUUCAAUCUGCUCGUCAUGAUGCUGAUCUUCUGAGGGAGCAGUACGAGGAGGAGCAGGAAGCCAAAGCUGAGCUGCAGCGGAGUCUGUCCAAGGCAAACUCUGAGGUGGCUCAGUGGAGAACCAAGUAUGAAACUGAUGCCAUCCAGAGGACUGAGGAGCUGGAGGAUGCUAAGAAGAAGCUGGCUCAGCGUCUGCAAGAUGCAGAAGAAGCUGUGGAAGCUGUCAAUGCUAAAUGCUCCUCACUGGAGAAGACCAAACACAGGCUGCAGAAUGAGAUUGAAGAUCUCAUGGUGGAUGUGGAGAGAUCCAAUGCUGCUGCUGCUGCUCUGGACAAGAAGCAAAGAAACUUUGACAAGGUCCUGGCUGAAUGGAAGCAGAAAUAUGAGGAGUCUCAGAGUGAGCUGGAAAGCUCCCAGAAGGAGGCCAGAUCUCUGAGCACUGAACUCUUCAAACUGAAGAACUCUUAUGAGGAGUCUUUGGAUCAUCUGGAGACCAUAAAGAGAGAAAACAAGAACCUCCAAGAGGAGAUUGCUGAUCUCACUGAACAAAUUGGUGAGAGUGGAAAGAACAUACAUGAACUAGAGAAAAUUCGUAAGCAGCUGGAGCAGGAGAAAGCUGAAAUUCAAGCAGCUCUGGAGGAAGCUGAGGGUUCUCUUGAGCAUGAGGAAGGUAAGAUCCUGAGGGCCCAACUGGAGUUCAAUCAGGUCAAAGCAGACAUUGAACGUAAGCUGACUGAGAAAGAUGAAGAGAUGGAGCAGGCCAAGAGGAACCAGCAGAGAAUGGUUGAUACUCUUCAGAGCUCACUUGAAUCAGAGACUCGCAGCAGGAAUGAAGCUCUCAGACUGAAGAAGAAGAUGGAGGGAGACCUCAAUGAGAUGGAGAUUCAGCUCAGCCAGGCUAACAGACAGGCAUCAGAAGCCCAGAAGCAACUCAAGGGUCUGCAUGGACAUCUCAAGGAUACCCAACUGCAGCUGGAUGACGCUCUGCGUGGUAAUGAUGAUCUCAAAGAGAACAUCGCCAUCGUGGACAGACGCAACAAUCUGCUGCAGGCUGAACUGGAUGAGCUGAGAUCCCUGGUGGAACAGACUGAGAGAGGAAGGAAACUGGCUGAGCAGGAACUGCUGGACGUCAGUGAGAGAGUCCAGCUCCUGCAUUCUCAGAACACCAGUCUGCUGAACCAAAAGAAGAAGCUGGAGGGAGAUAAUACUCAGCUCCAGACUGAGGUUGAGGAGGCAGUGCAGGAGUGCAGGAACGCUGAGGAAAAAGCCAAGAAGGCCAUCACUGAUGCUGCCAUGAUGGCAGAGGAGCUGAAGAAGGAGCAGGACACCAGCGCUCAUCUGGAGCGCAUGAAGAAGAACAUGGAGCAGACCAUCAAGGACCUGCAGCACCGUCUGGAUGAAGCUGAGCAGAUCGCCAUGAAGGGAGGCAAGAAGCAGGUCCAGAAACUGGAAGCCAGGGUGAGAGAGCUGGAGAAUGAGGUGGAGCUGGAACAGAGAAAGGCGAGCGAGUCUGUGAAAGGAGUGCGUAAAUAUGAGAGACGCAUCAAGGAGCUCACCUACCAGACUGAGGAGGACCGUAAGAAUCUGGCACGUCUUCAGGAUCUGGUGGACAAACUCCAGCUGAAGGUCAAGUCCUACAAGAGAGCUGCUGAAGAGGCGGAGGAACAGGCGAAUGCUAACCUGGGCAAGUUCCGUAAGAUUCAGCAUGAGCUGGAUGAGGCAGAGGAGAGGGCUGAUAUUGCUGAAUCUCAGGUCAACAAGCUGAGAGCCAAGAGCCGUGACACUGGAUCUAAGAAAGGGCACGAUGAAGAGUACACAGAGGGAAAGAUGGGGGAUUCACAGAUGUCGGAGUUUGGAGCUGCUGCUCCAUUCCUCAGGAAGUCGGACAUGGAGCGUCUGGAGGCCCAAACUCGCCCCUUUGACAUGAAGAAAGAAUGUUUCGUUCCUGAUCCUAUAGAGGAGUAUGUUAAAGCAUCUAUUGUCAGUCGAGAUGGUGAUAAAGUCACCUGUGAGACUUCGAAGGGAGCGACAGUAACUGUGAAGGAGGCUGAUAUUCACCCUCAGAACCCGCCAAAGUUUGAUAAAAUUGAGGACAUGGCGAUGUUCACCUUCCUGCACGAGCCCGCUGUGCUGUUUAACCUCAAAGAGCGUUACGCAGCCUGGAUGAUCUACACCUACUCUGGGCUCUUCUGUGUCACUGUCAACCCCUACAAGUGGCUGCCGGUGUACAACCAGGAAGUUGUCCUUGCUUACAGAGGAAAGAAGAGGAGUGAAGCUCCUCCUCACAUCUUCUCCAUCUCUGACAACGCCUACCAAUACAUGCUGUCAGACAGAGAAAACCAGUCCAUUCUUAUCACUGGAGAAUCCGGUGCUGGAAAAACUGUGAACACCAAGAGAGUCAUUCAGUACUUCGCCAGCAUUGCUGCUAGUCCUUCCAAGAAGGAAACCACUGAAAAGAAGGUAAAUUGUGGAAAUCUGAAUUCAAAAUGAAGUUAUUGUACUGCAAUUUUGCAUGAUGGCCAUUCAUCAUACACAAAUAUUUCAAAUGUUGUGUUUUAGGGAACUCUGGAGGAUCAAAUCAUCCAGUGUAAUCCUGCUCUUGAGGCCUUUGGCAAUGCCAAAACCAUCAGAAACGACAACUCAUCUCGCUUUGGCAAGUUUAUCCGGAUCCACUUUGCUGCCAGUGGCAAGCUAGCAUCUGCUGAUAUUGAGACUUAUCUUCUGGAGAAGUCUCGUGUGACUUUCCAGCUCAAGGCUGAGAGAGACUACCACAUCUUCUACCAGAUCCUGUCUCAGAAGAAACCAGAACUAUUAGAGAUGCUGCUGAUCACAGCAAACCCUUAUGAUUACGCCUUCAUCUCUCAAGGAGAGACACAAGUGGCUUCUAUUGAUGAUGCUGAAGAGCUGAUGGCUACAGAUGAAGCGUUUGAUGUGUUGGGCUUCACCCAAGAAGAGAAGAACAGCAUCUACAAGCUGAUUGGUGCCGUUAUGCACUACGGCAACAUGAAGUUCAAGCAGAAGCAACGAGAGGAACAGGCAGAGGCUGAUGGGACUGAGGAUGCUGAUAAAUCAGCUUAUCUGAUGGGCCUGAACUCUGCUGAUCUCAUCAAGGCUCUGUGUCACCCAAGAGUCAAAGUAGGAAAUGAGUGGGUCACCAAGGGACAGAAUGUCCAGCAGGUGUACUAUGCCGUUGGUGCUCUGUCAAAGUCAGUGUACGAGAAGAUGUUCCUCUGGAUGGUUGUGAGAAUCAACCAAUCCCUGGACACCAAACAGCCUCGUCAGUACUUCAUUGGUGUGCUGGACAUUGCUGGAUUUGAGAUCUUUGAUUUCAACACCUUUGAGCAGCUGUGCAUCAACUUCACUAAUGAGAAGUUGCAGCAGUUCUUCAACCAUCACAUGUUUGUGCUGGAGCAAGAGGAAUACAAGAAGGAGGGCAUUGAGUGGGAGUUCAUUGACUUUGGCAUGGAUUUGCAGGCUUGCAUUGAUCUCAUUGAAAAGCCUAUGGGCAUCAUGUCCAUCCUUGAAGAGGAGUGCAUGUUCCCCAAAGCCAGUGAUGCAACAUUCAAAGCUAAGCUUUAUGACAACCAUUUGGGGAAAUCAAACAACUUCCAGAAGCCCAGGAUUGUCAAGGGUAAACCAGAGGCCCAUUUCUCCCUGGUUCACUACGCUGGCACUGUUGACUACAACAUCAAUAACUGGCUGGUGAAGAACAAGGACCCUCUUAAUGAGACGGUUGUAGGCCUCUAUCAGAAAUCCACCAUGAAACUGUUGGCUCACCUGUUUGCUAAUUAUGCUGGUGCUGACUCAGCCACGGAGGGUGGGGGUGGCAAAGGAAAGGAGAAGAAGAAAAAGGGCUCUUCUUUCCAGACGGUGUCUGCCCUCCACAGGGAGAACCUGAACAAGCUGAUGACCAACUUGAGAUCAACUCACCCUCACUUUGUGCGCUGCAUCAUCCCCAAUGAGACUAAGACUCCUGGGGCGAUGGAGAAUCCUCUUGUCAUGCACCAGCUGCGCUGUAACGGUGUGCUGGAGGGCAUCAGAAUCUGCAGAAAGGGCUUCCCCAACAGGAUCCUGUAUGGAGAUUUCAAGCAGAGAUAUCGUAUCCUGAACCCUGCUGCCAUCCCUGAGGGUCAAUUCAUAGACAGCAGGAAAGGAGCUGAGAAGUUAUUGGGAUCUUUGGAUAUUGACCAUAACCAGUACAAGUUUGGACAUACUAAGGUGUUCUUCAAGGCUGGUCUGCUAGGUGCUCUUGAAGAGAUGCGAGAUGACCGUCUUGCUCUCAUCAUCACAAAUAUUCAGGCUAGAGCUCGUGGUCUUCUCUCAAGAAUUGAGUUCCAGAAGAUUGUUGAGCGCAGAGACGCCUUGCUUGUUAUUCAGUGGAACGUACGUGCCUUCAUGGGUGUCAAGAAUUGGCCCUGGAUGAAGCUCUACUUCAAGAUUAAACCGCUGCUGAGAUCUGCUGAAGCGGAGAAAGAAAUGGCCAACAUGAAGGAAGAAUUCCUGAAGUUGAAGGAGGCUUACGCCAAAUCUGAAGCCCGUAGAAAAGAGCUUGAAGAAAAGAUGGUUUCUCUUCUCCAAGAGAAGAACGACCUUCAACUUCAAGUUCAAGCUGAGCAAGAUAAUCUUUGCGAUGCUGAGGAGAGGUGUGAGGGUCUGAUCAAGAACAAGAUCCAGCUUGAGGCUAAAGUCAAAGAAAUGACCGAGAGGCUGGAGGAUGAAGAGGAAAUGAAUGCUGAGCUGACUGCCAAGAAACGAAAGCUGGAGGAUGAAUGUUCAGAGCUCAAGAAGGACAUUGAUGAUCUUGAGCUCACUCUGGCCAAAGUAGAGAAAGAGAAACAUGCCACUGAAAACAAGGUUAAAAACCUGACAGAAGAGAUGGCAGCUUUGGAUGAAAUCAUUGCUAAGCUGACCAAGGAGAAGAAAGCUCUGCAGGAGGCCCAUCAGCAAACACUGGAUGACCUCCAGAGCGAGGAAGACAAAGUCAACACACUCACCAAAGCCAAAGCCAAGCUGGAGCAACAAGUGGAUGAUCUUGAGGGUUCCCUGGAACAGGAAAAGAAACUUCGUAUGGAUCUGGAGAGGGCAAAGAGGAAGCUUGAGGGAGACUUAAAGUUGACCCAAGAGAGCGUGAUGGACCUGGAAAAUGACAAACAACAACUGGAAGAGAGGCUUAAAAAGAAGGAUUUUGAGAUCAGCCAGCUCAGUAGCAAGAUUGAAGAUGAGCAGGCAAUGGCUGCCCAACUCCAGAAGAAACUGAAAGAGCUGCAGGCUCGUAUUGAAGAGCUUGAGGAAGAGCUGGAGGCUGAGAGAGCUGCUCGUGCCAAAGUUGAGAAACAGAGAGCUGAUCUGUCCAGAGAACUGGAGGAGAUCAGUGAGAGAUUGGAGGAGGCUGGUGGAGCCACUGCUGCUCAGAUUGAGAUGAACAAGAAACGUGAAGCUGAGUUCCAGAAGCUGCGCAGAGAUCUUGAAGAGGCCACUCUGCAACAUGAGGCCACCGCUGCUACACUGAGGAAGAAACAUGCCGACAGUGUAGCUGAUCUGGGAGAGCAGAUUGACAACCUUCAGAGAGUGAAGCAGAAGCUGGAGAAAGAGAAGAGUGAACUCAGACUGGAACUGGAUGAUGUGGUCUCCAACAUGGAGCAGAUUGUGAAGGCCAAGGCAAACUUGGAAAAAAUGUGCAGGACCCUUGAAGACCAGAUGUCAGAGUACAGAACAAAAUAUGAAGAAGGACAACGCAGCAUCAAUGACUUUACCAUGCAAAAAGCUAAGCUACAAACUGAGAAUGGGGAACUUUCUAGACAGCUGGAAGAGAAGGAUUCCUUGGUCUCUCAGCUAACAAGAGGCAAGCAGUCCUACACCCAGCAGAUCGAGGACCUCAAGAGACAACUAGAGGAGGAAGUCAAGGCUAAGAAUGCCCUGGCCCAUGCAGUUCAAUCUGCUCGUCAUGAUGCUGAUCUUCUGAGGGAACAGUACGAGGAGGAGCAAGAAGCCAAAGCUGAGCUGCAGCGGAGUCUGUCCAAGGCAAACUCUGAGGUGGCUCAGUGGAGAACCAAGUAUGAAACUGAUGCCAUCCAGAGGACUGAGGAGCUGGAGGAUGCUAAGAAAAAAUUGGCUCAGCGUCUUCAAGAAGCAGAAGAAGCUGUGGAAGCUGUCAAUGCUAAAUGCUCUUCACUGGAGAAGACCAAACACAGGCUGCAGAGUGAGAUUGAAGAUCUCAUGGUGGAUGUGGAGAGAUCCAACGCUGCUGCUGCUGCUCUGGACAAGAAGCAAAGAAACUUUGACAAGGUCCUGGCUGAGUGGAAGCAGAAGUAUGAGGAGUCUCAGAGUGAACUAGAAAGUGUCCAGAAAGAGUCUAGAUCUCUGAGCACUGAACUCUUCAAACUGAAGAACUCCUAUGAAGAGGUCCUGGAUCAUCUUGAGACCAUGAAGAGAGAGAACAAGAACCUCCAAGAGGAAAUCUCUGACCUCACUGAGCAACUUGGAGAGUCAGGAAAAAGCAUCCAUGAGUUGGAGAAGAUUAGAAAGCAGCUGGAGCAGGAAAAAGCAGAGAUCCAGACAGCCUUGGAGGAAGCUGAGGGCUCACUUGAACAUGAGGAAGGAAAGAUCUUGAGAGCUCAACUGGAGUUCAAUCAAGUAAAGGCUGAUAUUGAACGCAAACUGACUGAGAAAGAUGAAGAGAUGGAGCAGGCCAAGAGGAACCAGCAGAGAAUGGUUGAUACUCUUCAGAGCUCACUUGAGUCAGAGACUCGCAGCAGGAAUGAAGCUCUCAGACUGAAGAAGAAGAUGGAGGGAGACCUCAAUGAGAUGGAGAUUCAGCUCAGCCAGGCUAACAGACAGGCAUCAGAAGCCCAGAAGCAACUCAAGGGUCUGCAUGGACAUCUCAAGGAUUCCCAAAUGCAGCUGGAUGACGCUCUGCGUGGUAAUGAUGAUCUCAAAGAGAACAUCGCCAUCGUGGACAGACGCAACAAUCUGCUGCAGGCUGAACUGGAUGAGCUGAGAUCCAUGGUGGAACAGACUGAGAGAGGAAGGAAACUGGCUGAGCAGGAACUGCUGGACGUCAGUGAGAGAGUCCAGCUCCUGCAUGCACAGAACACCAGUCUGCUGAACCAAAAGAAGAAGCUGGAGGGAGAUAAUUCUCAGCUUCAGACUGAGGUUGAGGAGGCAGUGCAGGAGUGCAGGAACGCUGAGGAAAAAGCCAAGAAGGCUAUCACUGAUGCUGCCAUGAUGGCAGAGGAGCUGAAGAAGGAGCAGGACACCAGCGCUCAUCUGGAGCGCAUGAAGAAGAACAUGGAGCAGACCAUCAAGGACCUGCAGCACCGUCUGGAUGAAGCUGAGCAGAUCGCCAUGAAGGGAGGCAAGAAGCAGGUCCAGAAACUGGAAGCCAGGGUGAGAGAGCUGGAAAAUGAGGUGGAGCUGGAACAGAGAAAGGCGAGCGAGUCUGUGAAAGGAGUGCGUAAAUAUGAGAGACGCAUCAAGGAGCUCACCUACCAGACCGAGGAGGACCGUAAGAAUCUGGCACGUCUUCAGGACCUGGUGGACAAACUCCAGCUGAAGGUCAAGUCCUACAAGAGAGCUGCUGAGGAGGCUGAGGAACAGGCGAAUGCUAACCUGGGCAAGUUCCGUAAGAUUCAGCAUGAGCUGGAUGAGGCAGAGGAGAGGGCUGAUAUUGCUGAAUCUCAGGUCAACAAGAUGAGAGCCAAGAGCCGUGAUUCAGGAUCCAAGAAAGGACAUGAUGAAGAGUAAUCCUCCACUAUAAAGUUUCUUUUUGCUGUGAAACCACAUUCAUGUACUGGUUCUGAUGUGGCAAUAAAAACUGCAAUUCU